GAAAGUGUUUAAUUAAGAUAAUUGUUUCAUAUAAAUGCCGACACACACACAAAUAUAUUUAUACAUGUAUAACGACCUCAGAAGCUUUGUUGACCUAACACAUCGUAUUUAUCAUGAUGACACGUACAGAGAAUCAGUCAGUCUUUAGUGGUCUUUCGAAUCACAUCGUGGUGGAGACAAUAUUUCAGUAAUAAAGUGUGUGUGAAUAAUUAUAUUCUUCGAACAUUGCAUACUGCUAAAGCAUUAAUUUGCUGCAAAGUGUUUUACAGAUCUAAAAUAAUUAUUUCUCUCCUUCGACAUGAUGAUAUUGCUAAAACUAUUAUUAAGUAGCGGAUUAAUUUUUAUUGCUGUAACGGCUUUCAUUCGUAAUGAAUCUUUAUGCUAUCGAAUAUCAGAAUAUAUAAAACCGAUGCAUUAUGAUAUCAAGCUUACAUCAUUUAUUGAAGCAAAUAUUUUCUAUGGAGAAUAUAAUAUCAGCAUAAACAUUCGUAACAAAACGCAACACAUAUAUUUAUAUUCGGAAAAAUUAUGUAUUGACAAUAUAGUUUUAAUUACAAAUUUCAAAAAAUAUCAUGAAAAUGAUGAAGAAACAGUUUAUAGACCGACAUAUGAUACUGAAGAAGACCCAAUUGAUAUUUCCUUUAUGAAAGAAUUAUCACCAGGAAAUUACACUUUAAAUAUAAAAUACUUUGGUACUGCUGAUAAAGGCUUCAGAAUUUUCGACAUGAAGAAAAGAACCACUUGGGUAGGUGCUCCACAUUUCCAGAUAGUAGACGCCCGUCAAGUGUUUCCAUGUUGGCAUCCACAUGAUUUUUGGUUAGAAGCAACCUUUAACAUUUCUUUAGCAUGUCAUAACUGUACGACUUUGUCACAUAUGCCAUUGCGAAAUACAGAAAGUGAUGAGUACAAUUUGGUAUGGAAACACUACGUUACCACACCUGUAAUAUUGACUCAUCACGCAACAAUGGUUAUGUCUAACUACCUAUUUUUUCUUGAUAUGAAAAAUCGAAACAUUCAAAUGUGGUGCAGAUACAAUACUGGAUUUCACAUGAAAUUUGCUAAAAAUGUAGCUGAAGAUAUCACGUUGUUUUUCAAACAAAAAUGGAAACGUUCGAACAAACUUUCAAACGUGACUUAUGUUGCAAUUCCAAAUUUUCAUGACGAUGGCACAAUAGUUUUUGGACUUGUGUUUUAUAAGGAAACAGAUAUCAUCUACGAUAAAAAUGUAUAUCCUAUUGCUCACAAGAUCGAAGUAGCUCAAUUAGUAGGACGAAAAGUGGCACAGCAAUGGUUUAAUAACAUGAUGAAUAAUCCGUUAGUGUCAGAUUUUUGGUUUAAAAAAGGUCUUACUACAUUGUUUGCAACGUAUGCUGUCAAUAAGAAAUAUCCAGAUUAUCGAAUAAUAAAUUUAUAUGUUGUUCAAAGUCAACAUUACUCUUUUAAUUUGGAUAGUGAUUAUCAUAUGUGGAAUCUUACUUCAAAAGUUAAUAGUUCAUUGGAAAUACCCAAUUAUAUCAGAGCACCAUUUAUACUGCGCAUGAUGCAACACGUCCUCACAGAAGAAAUAUUUCAGAUAGGCAUAAACACAUAUUUAGAUAACAACUCAUCACACCAUCUAGACUUUAUGGAGCUUAUGAAAGAUGUUGCUUCAACAAUAAAUAUAUAUAUUGCUGGACACAUCUCGCACAUGAAAAACUGGGAUUUGGAAAAGCAUUGUCCUGUUAUUAAAGUAGAACGAAAUUAUGAUGAUCCUAAGAAUCGAACAUUUGUAUGGAUAGAAAAUACCGACACAUUAAAAAUUGAGUGCAUUCCUAUAACUUUUACUACGGAAACGUCUCCCGAUUUUAACAAUUUUACUCAUCAUUUGUUAUGCAAGCGAUGGGAAAUUAAACGUUUACUAGCACCAUUGAGAUUAUCAUUACCAUAUAAAGAAUAUGGUUGGAUGAUAUUCAAUUUACAACAAAUUGGAUAUUAUCGCGUUAACUAUGAUGAUAAGAACUGGGAAAAAAUUUCAUAUUAUUUAAACUUUCGUAAUUACACAAAAAUUCAUGUUCUUAAUCGUGCCCAAAUUAUCGAUGAUGCAUUUCAUUUAAUGAUAGCAGGCCAACUCCAAUCUCGUAGAUUCUGGAAUAUCAUAAAGUAUUUACGUCGAGAAGAAGAUUAUAUAGCAUGGUAUCCUAUGUUUAAAGCUCUGGAAUACAUGUAUAAUACUUUUCCAAUAUUGACAAAAAUAGAUAAACAUAUUACGUCUACAGUAAUGAGAGCAUUGUACAAAGUACUUGAAAUAAUCAAAUAUGAUGAAAUUGAUGAUAGUGACAAACUUAGAAUAUGUUUACGACAAGAAGCUGCAAGAUGGGCAUGUUUUCUCGGUGACAUCGAUUGUAAAAAAGAAGCCAACAAAAUUUUAAAACAACAUCUUCAAGAUCCUACAAAACGCAAACUUUUGCCAUGGUGGAAGGACUGGACAUAUUGUAAAGGUUUGAUGAUAACUACCAAAGAAAAGAUCUCUUGGCAAUUAGUGUAUAAAAUAGGAUUGGAAAAAUCUGACACUAAAUUUUUAGAAUACUUGGCUUGCCCUGAAGAUACUGAUGUCAUCACCGAUUAUUUAAAUUAUAUAAACAAUUCUACAAAACAGGAAUAUCAAUAUCUUCUUAACAGUUUCUUACAUGUUAUUACAAAGCAUGCGAAGAAUCAAAUUAUACUGAAGUACAUAUUAGAUUAUUUUAACGACAUAAAACCAAGACAGGUUGAUAUAACUGCAGUAUUAAUUAUUAUUAUUAAUAACGUAUAUUCUGAAGAUCAAACUCAGAGUAUAAAUAGAUACGUUGAAAAGUUAUUGAAGGUCAACGCAAACCCAGCUGAUGGAAUAGAAAAGGACAUAUUGCGGAAUUCUCACAAAAUUCGAAGAAAGCUAUCAAUUCGCAACAAUCAAAUCAAAAGACAGAGACAGUAUUUUGAUCGAUUUUUCCCUUGGUAAAAAAUAUAAAAAAUUACAGCUUUGCAUGAAUAUAUUACUAUUUGAUGCUACUGUAUUUACAAAUCAUUAUGACUAAAUGCAUCAAGUUUUUUAUUACUUUGCGUAUACUUACUUGAUGUAGUUCAACUAUAUAUAUAUUAUUGCCUGUAUUCACAAGUAGACCAUAUAAUAUUAC